AUUUUUGGGUUCUACCAGAACGAUUUGGUGUGUCCACAGAGCAACCAAAAUGUACUCAACGCGACUUCAGACAACUUCGUGUUGUUUGGAAGACCAAAUCCAUGGGAUGGACCCGUUUUUAUCACAAGAAAAGAGGAGAAAAUGAAUGAAAAGAAGACAUUUGUUAUUCACCAAGACACCCAUGGGAUGCUCCUUUCUUGCUUCUCUGCUUUUUGGGUUGAGACAAACGGGAAUGUGAACUUCAACGUGUGCGCCAAAAAUUAUUACAAAAUCCCACAGACAUCCACAAACCCACUCACUGGAAAACCAAACUCAGAAAAAAUCGUGUGUGAAAGAAUUGUUGUGUUAAAAUGUUUUUAA